AUGUCCACCGCCGCCGGCUUCCCCAACUGGGUGAUGCUGGAGCCCGUCGUGUUCCGCAGGGACGACGACAAGUCUUUCCCGGACGAGAGCAAGGCGCCCGUCAGGGCGUCCGGCACCACCUCCUGGGAAGCCCAGUUCCGUUUCGCCUUCGACCUCGCGGAGCCCCCGUCCAUCUCCCGCAUCUUCGCGCAGCUGCCGGGCUUUCCGGGUCCCAGCAAGGAGAGUCCCUUAGCCAUGUUGACGACCCACCGCCAUCUCGCCCUGUUUCGCGUCGGUACCACGGGGCCAUGUCGGCGUAAGAACUUCUUCAUCUACAGCGCCGGCAAGCCUUCCUCGCUCGAAAAACUCCCCACUUGCACCCGGGAUUUGGAACGUGUCCUCCACGAUGGCAGCCCAUCUCGUCGCCCUCCUGAAACGGGGAAGAUGUCGCGCCUGCAUAGUGUCAGAUCCAUGGGCCUCUUGUGCCAAGGCGAGGAAGAGUUCGCGGUGGCGGAGCUGCACCUCUACCCGGACAAACGCAAGCGUAAGGUCUUCGCCGACAUCUACUUGUUCUUGAAGUCAGCUGGCAAAUGGACCUCUUCGCGUUUACCCAUCCUCCACAGCGACGAUCCGGAUGAUGCCUGGCAGCUCUGCAUCUGGCUGACCGACACGGUCAUCCCUGUCGACCGCUGGCUGUGCUGGAUUGACUACGACCGAGGCAUCCUCUUCCAUGACGUGUUUGGGGCGGCGGCUACCGUCUCCUUCCUCCGCUUCCCUCUGCACAAGUUCUCUCGUACUCCUCCGAGAUCAGACGGGAAUGCAGCGGCAGGAUAUACCGUGGUGUGUCCGCCAUUGAUGCUGCCGCCCGGUGCUGGCUUCACCAUCACCUGCCACACCCUCCUCCCAUCAUCUCUAAGCAGCGGCAUGGUGUGGAACAAGGACUGGACAGUCACCUCUGAUGAGCUCUGGACUGAUAAUCGCCUCCCGCGCGAGGUUCCCAUGUUCCCCCAAGUGAACAUCGACAGGCCACAUGUAGUGCAUUUCCUUAUCAGCGACUUCACAUACGUGAUGAAGAAGAUGUGGGUGGUCACCAUUGACAUGAACACCAGGACCGUCGAGUCAUUUUAUCAGUAUAUCAAUGGUGAGGAGGACAUUGGAACUGAGCGUGAGUUCUUGACCAAGGAAAGGUCCAUGGGUCCCAGGCCCUUCCUCCCCAGUGAGUUCUCCAAGUACCUUUCCUCAAGCUUUUUUAAGUACAAUCAUUAUGUGGAUGAGUCACUUGGUCCUUGA